UAUAUAUAUAAAUACAUAUAAAAUACAUAUACACGUACUAUAUAUAUUAAGAAAUUACAAAAAAUUUUCAAAAUGAUGUCAGAAAAGACUAUUCAAUUCCUUAAGAAGCAGUCCGAAAUUAUUUUGGAAAUUAGAAAGUUGGAAGUAAAACCAACAUUAGCAGAUGUAGAAAUUCUAAAAUUAAAUGAGCUUCAAAAAUGUUUCAUUGCUAAUCAUAGCAAUUUGUUAAAGAUCGGCGUUGUCGAUCAUGAAUAUUUUAACGCGAAGCAGUAUGAUUUAAUAAUGAUGGUGUUAGAAAAAAUUAAAAAUAAAAAUGAAAAAAUUAAGGGCGAGUCGGUAGAAAACACUUUCCCUAAAUCAAACACUGUCCCUAAAUCAAACCCUCCCCCUACAUUAAACCUUGAAAUGUGUGGUCACCCUGAAAAAGAGGGUAUAGCACAAAACAACGCUUUAAAAGUAGAGCAGGCAUUUCGAAAUAAUGUUGGCCAAUUUCGAGUAUAUCUAGAAGAUACGUCUAAACUAAUAGACAGUAGUCCAGAUUUCCUUAAAAUAAGGAAAAAUAAAAUUGAAUUUUUAUGGCAUAAAAUAGAUAACCUGAUUGAACAGGUGAAUAGUCAUUUUGAGAGCUCGCUAUUCGAAGAAGAAAUUAGCGAACUUGAAUUUGACAAACAAAAUAUUCUUACAGCCAUUAAUAGUCGACUCAGUGGCACAAUAAAUAAAGCUGAAAUGUCGACGGUUGUUAAGGCGGAGGAGUUACCAACCCUGCCUAAAAUACAGAUUCCCACUUUCUUUGGUGAUUCCAAAGAAUGGGAUCUUUUUAAUGAACUCUUUACAGAGCUCAUACAUGUGAGAGAGGAUCUCAGUCCUUCUCUCAAAUUUAAUUAUCUAAAGUCAGCAUUAAAAGGAGAAGCCAGAAAUGUGGUUACUCAUUUACUGCUCGGCUCUGGAGAAAAUUAUGAAGCCACUUGGGAGUUUUUGACCAAGCGAUAUGAGAAUAAAAGAAACAUAUUCUCAGAUCAUAUGAAUAGGCUUAUGGAUAUGCCAAAUUUAAAUUUAGAAUCCAAUAAGCAAAUAAAGACAUUUAUUGACACGAUUAACGAGUCAAUUUAUAUUAUAAAAUUAAAGGCACAAUUACCAGAAGAUGUGGAUGCAAUUUUCGCUCACAUAAUUCUUCGGAAAUUCAAUAAAGAAUCACUCAAUUUAUAUGAAAGCCAUGUUAAAAAGACAAAAGAAAUACAGGCACUUUCUGAUGUCAUGGACUUUUUAGAGCAAAGGCUCAAUUCUAUAUCAUCAUUCUCACAGGAAGUAAAACCUGUAAAGAAAAUGAUUAAUAAUAACAAGAAUAUUAAUGCAAUACAAGAAAAUAUAACGAUUGCAGCGCAGCUUGAAAAGGACAGGAUUGAUUGGCAUUUUAUUCCCCCGGCAGGACCUCACUUCGGAGGUAUUUGGGAAGCUGGAGUUAAGUCAAUGAAAUACCAUUUAAAGCGUAUAAUCGGCGACACUAUUUUGACUUACGAAGAAAUGUCAACUCUUUUAUGUCAAAUAGAAGCAUGCUUAAAUUCAAGGCCAUUAUACACUAUAGUUAGUGAAGUGCCGAAGAUUAUUUGGGAUCCGCUGAAACUAUCAAUAUUAAAUCAUACUGAGGAAUUUGAACGAUUGAAUAAUGAAAUUAAAUUUAUGAAAGAGAACCAUCAAAAAUUGAAAGAUUUACAUUUCCAUCAUAUUUCCGGACAUGCUGGAUUAAUUAUUGCUUUAAUACUAAUGAUAGUAUUAAUAAUAUAUUUCAUACGGAAAUGUGCUGUGCAACAAAGAAUGCAAGCAAUAACCUUUGCAGGUCCGUUGCCAGUACUAUAAAUAUCAAUAGUAAAUAAACAAUAAAAUAAUAUAACAAAUAAAAAUAUACAGUCCACUAUAUCGUUGUUUAAU